ACGCUGGCCCCCAUGUAACAUCACCGCGGUGCAACGUCAUGAGAACGAAGAUAUGCCUCCAUGGAGAUGAUGAUUUUCUUUUCACGCCGUUGGUCUCCGCACACCAAAAGUCCCAAUCCCUGCUUCGUGAUAAUUACCCCAUCUUCAAGGGCCUUGUUUUUUGUUCUUUGUCAUAUUUUUACACAUGCUUUCCUCGGCUUGUGAUUCUUAGUUGGGGCUUUUCUCCGAGUCGCAUAUCGGGAGUUGCGGAGUACAUCAGGUCCCUCGUCUUCAUCAAUUGAACAGACAACAUCUUGAAUUGUCAAGUUUUCUGUUCCAAAGCCCCAAAUCGUCUCAAAAUGUCGCCUCGAACAAGUGGUCUCUUGGACAGCGACGACUGGGAUGAAGUCAAGACGGACUCAAGCUCAGACUGGACACUUGCAAAGUCCUACUCAUCCUGGAAACCAGCGGCUGCAGGCGGCAAACUAAAACACAUCAUCAACACCACCAGAGCUGCCAUUCGCGCCAGAACACGGCCUCUAGAGAACCUCCGUCCAACAGCUUACCUAGACGGUCUUCGAGGUUUCGCAGCUCUUCUCGUGUAUUUCCAUCAUCAUGAACUUUGGGUACACGACGUCGUUGGCCAGAACGCAAUCCUCGAAAAUGCCUUUGGCUAUGGAGGAAAGCAUUACUUUGCAUCAUUCCCCUUCAUAAGGCAUUUCUUCACAGGCGGUCAUUACGCGGUAUCGACAUUCUUCAUCAUCUCAGGCUAUGUUCUGUCGCUCAAACCAAUGGGCCUUAUUCAGUCUGGGGAGCAUGCGCAAUUGGGCGAUGUCAUAGCAUCUUCGCUCUUCAGGCGCUGGAUUCGCCUUUACCUCCCUCUCAUCAUGUCUAUGCUCGUCUACAUCACAUUAUUACACAUAUUUGGCGUCUGGGUACGAAUCAUGACGCAGCAAAAGAGCUGGUACGACGAACUUUGGGCUUUCUACUAUGAGUUCAAGAAUUUUAGUUUCGUCUUCAAAGAAGGUGGAGAGCCAUGGUUGACCUACAACCGCCACUUAUGGUCUAUCCCCAUUGAAUUCAAAGGCUCUGUCGUUAUCUUUACAGCACAGAUGGCGUUCUCUCGAUGUUCGAAGAAUGCUCGUCUCUGGUGUGAGGCGGGUUUGAUCUUUUACUUCAUGUACAUUGCAGAUGGGUCAUUCUACUCCAUGUUCACGGCUGGUAUGCUGCUCUGCGAUUUGGAUCUUCUUGCCAGCAAGGGCGAUCUGCCCCGCUGGAUGGCACGUCUAGAACCUGCCAAGGAGUUUAUCUUUUACCAUCUCCUGAUCUUCAGCUUGUUCCUUGGUGGGGUCCCAUCUGAGAACCGCAAUGUUGAGCAGCUUGCCAAGAACAGGGGUUUCUACUACCUUUCAUGGUUCAAGCCUCAAGCAGUGUUUGACUACAAAUGGUUCUACCUCUUCUAUGCAGCUGUCUUCUUAGUUGCAUCUAUCCCUCGAAUCUUCUGGCUGAAGAGCUUCUUCGAGACGAGAUUUUGCCAGUGGCUCGGACGUAUCUCGUUCGCUCUAUAUCUUGUCCACGGCCCGGUGUUAUGGACUAUUGGUGAGAGACUCUACGUGGCAGCGGGGUGGCAGAACGAGGAGAUCAUGAAGAACAUUCCCCAUUGGGCAAACAAGCUAGCCUUGCCAAUGUCUGGGCCCUUGGGAUUGGAGAUCUCAUUUCUACUACCUCAGCUGAUCCUCGUGCCCUUGACGUUCGGGCUAGCUGACGUCGUGACACGGUUUAUCGACACGCCCAGCGUUAAGUUUGCAGCGUGGUUCUAUAAGAAGGCGUUGGGGGAUCCAACUAGCAAGCAGGCCAGAGCGUAGCAUAAAUCUUGAUGCAGAAUAAAUCAAGCUUAAUUCUUUUCGGUAACAU